GGGGCAGAGAAGGGGGGAUUAGCCAGAAUCCCCAGGCGCCACGUCCCUGCACCCCCUGCCCCCGGGCCAGUGUCCAGCCUGAGCACUGGGGACAGCGGCACACUCGCUAACCCGCCGCCACCCGGCGUUCCCCGCCCGGACAGUGACAGCUCCCAGGCCAGGCGGUGCCAUGUUGUCCAUGACGUACAGCGAGAGCCUGAGGAGCGUGAGCAGCAGGUGUCACUCGGACUGGGCCCUGCACCCCGUCCGCCAGACCGACACGCUGGAGCUACAGCGGCUGCGGGAGGUACGGGCGGCCGCCCAGGCCAGGAACAUGGAGAGCUUCCUCCGCAUGCACGGCCUGUCCCUGGACAGCUGCACUGCGCGGCGCACGGGCAUGAAGUACCGGAACCUGGGUAAGUCGGGCCUGCGCGUCUCCUGUCUGGGGCUCGGAACAUGGGUGACCUUCGGAGGCCAGAUCACCGACGAGAUGGCAGAGCAGCUAAUGACCUUGGCCUAUGACAACGGCAUCAACCUCUUCGACACCGCAGAAGUCUACGCAGCCGGCAAGGCCGAGGCUGUUUUAGGGAACAUCAUAAAGAAGAAAGGAUGGAGACGAUCCAGCCUGGUCAUCACCACCAAGAUCUUCUGGGGAGGAAAAGCGGAGACGGAGAGGGGCCUUUCCAGGAAGCACAUAAUAGAAGGUCUGAAGGCCUCCCUGGAGCGGCUACAGCUAGAAUAUGUGGACGUGGUGUUUGCCAACCGCCCGGACCCCAACACCCCCAUGGAAGGGGACCCAUUUAGUUCCUCCAAGUCCAGGACAUUCAUCAUAGAAGAGACCGUACGUGCCAUGACCCACGUCAUCAACCAGGGGAUGGCCAUGUACUGGGGCACGUCACGCUGGAGCUCCAUGGAGAUCAUGGAGGCCUACUCCGUGGCCCGGCAGUUCAACCUGAUCCCGCCCAUCUGCGAGCAGGCCGAGUACCACAUGUUCCAGCGCGAGAAGGUGGAGGUGCAGCUGCCUGAGCUCUUCCACAAGAUCGGAGUGGGGGCCAUGACCUGGUCCCCGCUGGCCUGCGGCAUCGUUUCCGGAAAGUACGACAGUGGCAUCCCACCCUACUCCAGAGCCUCCUUGAAGGGCUACCAGUGGCUGAAGGACAAGAUCCUGAGUGAGGAGGGCCGCCGCCAGCAGGCCAAGCUGAAGGAGCUGCAGGCCAUCGCGGAACGCCUGGGCUGCACCCUCCCGCAGCUGGCCAUAGCCUGGUGCCUGCGGAACGAGGGGGUCAGCUCCGUGCUCCUGGGCGCUUCCAGUGUAGACCAGCUGAUGGAGAACAUCGGAGCAAUACAGGUCCUUCCCAAACUGUCGUCGUCCAUCAUCCACGAGAUCGAUAGUAUUUUGGGCAAUAAACCCUACAGCAAAAAGGACUACAGGUCCUAAGAAGCCCCGCUGCUGGCCAGGACACCUCCCGUCCCCCCCUAGUGUCUCUGUCCCCGCCGCUCGCUUAAGCUGUUUUGAAGCCAAGUCCAGAGUGUGGUUUGCGUCAAAAAGAAAACAAGCACCAAGAUGUCAUCGGGAAAACAUCUCAAAAGUCGCUGCAACACACCAUCCUCUGCUUCGAAGGACCCGCAUCAUGCUGGGGAGACGGCCUUGGUCACUAGAACAUUCACGCCUGCAGCCUCUGCUUGUCCUCCACGAAGAAACGGCCGCGAUUAGUCCCAGCCGGGGCCGUUCUCCGAGACUCCUCGAGUCCAGCCAGGCUGGACCAGUCGCGGCCUGGGGCAGGCAGGGCUGCCCUCUCCUCUGCCGAGAGCCGCCCCCUGCUGUGUUUAAAAGUGUCCAGAGGGACGCUUUCAAAAUCUAAGACGAGGUCUGGUCUUCCUGUCCCCGUUUUCAGGGCCCUGGACGUUGGGGUCUCCCUCGGGCCAAGGGCUCCAGGUACUUUCCCAGGGAUCCAGGGGGACUAGCUCUGCAAUUUGGGACCCAUAAAAAAUUUGGGGAUCUGAUUUCGAGCUCUUCGCCCCACCAGCUUGCUCCCUGCACGCCGUCGAUGAGUCUUGUGCCAGGGCUGCCCGGAGCGCUCGGCAGGGGGCCUGGCGGAGCAGGCUCCAGCCCAGGCCCCCCAGGGCCCUGCCCGCCCUCCCUGCCAGGUACCCAGUCUGCCGCCCCUUGACCUUGCCCCGGAAGGCCGCGAGGUCGUGCACGCUUAGCUGGACUAUGGCUGCUGACCACUCUCAGGAGCGGUGGCACCUCUGCUCGGCCCAGGGUGGUGGCCUUGGGCUCUACAGAGAACAUGCUUAGAUCUUCUCAGUGAGGGAGGGUCCCUGGGGUCUUCCUUACUGCAUCCCCAAGGCCGGGGGCCUGCACACCCAGCAGCGGUCCCUGCAAUGUAGGAAAAGGCCCCAGGAGCAUCACCCUUGCGAGGCCUCGGAUCAGGUGCGUUGAGCUGUUCUUCCUUGGGGUGCUCAGUGUCUGUGCUCAGAGCUUGCGACCUAGGCAGAUGGGCAGCAAUGCCACCCUAGGAUCCCCCCAUACCCUGUGAAAAGGAAGGACAGCUUGGGUUGGUCAUUCCUCCAUCACGUCCCCCACCCCAGCCUGGAACGGACUGGGGACGGAGAGCAAGGGCAGGACACAGAGCUGUCAGUGCCUUUGCAGCCCCAGCCUGUGCCGGAGCGAUGGGGAGUGGAAGGGGACAGCUGCAGCCCCCACGGUCCUGAGAGGGGCCGCAGCCUUUGCAGGCCACGUGGGCAGGGGCAGGAGCCAGGCCCUACAGAUGUGCCCGCCCGCUCUGGGCACCCCACCCCCUCGCACUCACCUGGGAGGCAGGCAGAGAGGCUGCUGUUCCCGGGGGCUCCUCCCUGCCGUCCUCAGGGGGCCUGCCACCAGUCCUGGCCAGGCUGAGGCCUGAGGAAGCUGCAGAGGCAAGGUGGGGGGACAGCCCUCUCCACUCCUGACCUUUGUGCUGACCCUGGAAUCUAGAACCUUCCCCGGCGUAGACCUGGCCCUUGGGGGUCUUGCCCACCUGGCUUCCUACAGGCUUCACCCUGUGGGUGUGGGGAGCAGGCACUGCCCGUCCCAGCAGAGGUGCCUGGCCUUCAGCCGCUCCCCAUCACACAGGUGGGGGCACCCCGCUCUGAGGCGGGGCCCUGUGCUGGGCGUUUGGGUCCAGGCCCACCCCUCGCCGGGGAUCGUGGUUGGGUCCCCUCCACACUGCUGCCCAGUGAACAGGGACCAGGACUUGCCGUGGGGCCCGAGGCGGGGCCGCUGCCCUGGUGAGCCACACCAGGGAAGGCCGAGCCCCUUCUGGCCACAGGUGUGCCAAACAGAGGGACAUGAGGGCCCCCAGGGUUGAGUUCAGCCAAAGCCAAAACGGCCAGUGCCAGGACCCAGCAGCCUGGGCCCCGGGGCACCGUCCUCAGCCUGGUUCUGAGGUGUCCUGUUCUUCCACGCCCACUGCAGGGAGGACGGUCUCUGUUUCCUAGGGGAGGGUCUGAGUUAGGAGGGGGCUGGGAUGGGGGGAGGAAGGUAGAUGGAAGCCCAGGGCAGUCAGAGCCUGGAGAGGGAAGAGCUGGGCAGAGGUGGCCCCAAGGCGAGGGGCUGGGCCCCAGCAAGGGUUUGGAGCCAGCCGCCCCACCCCCCACCCCUUCAGCCUCUCGCCCUGCCCUUACCUUGAAGCAGAAUUUGCCCGGGAGGCCCUGGGGAGCACCUGGUCCAGGAAAGAGGCCUGGUUUGGGGGGCAGGGCUGGGUCAGUCUUCCUGUGUAGAGACACGCGGAGCCCCCUCUGUUUCUCAUCCCACAUCUGUGGUCAGAGCCAAGGUCAGAGCCAAGGUCAGAGCCAAGGUCAAAGCCAAGGUCCGAGAGGCGACAGGCCUCGCUCCGUCUGCUGUUCUCUUCCAGUCUUGUAAAUAACGCGUUUUUCUCUCCCCUUCUCUGCGAUGACUGUGGUUCCUCAGCCAACCGCGCUCCCUCCGUAGGCGAGACUGCCGUCCGCCUCGCGCUUCCAGACGCUCAGCCGAGACACAGGCACCGUAUUUAUGGAAUGACAAAAUAAAGGCCAAGCCCGUAGGGUCCUCGG